AAGAGCAAAAGAAGUUCAACCCUAUCUUGCUUGCAACUUCCCAUUAUUCUAUGUAACAGAAAGACCCAAACAGGGAUCCCCUACACGGUUUGGGUACUGAUUUUGACCAAACCCGGCCCAAACAGACCCAUGUAUAGCCCUAACUUCUAAUGCUGUUGAGAUGACAAUUAAGAUGGAGAUGGAAGUUGCAUUGCAUUAUCUCAAAACAAUCAAAUUCUUGUAUGGCUGUGCUGUUGGAGCCUCAAUACUAAAAGUUGACUGGCUAACUGAUUGUCUUGCAACUGGAACUAUUUUGCCACCUGAAAAAUACAUGAUUCUUCCAAAUCGAAAUGACAUGAAGUGGACAAGAAUUGGAAUGGCAGUUCAUCACAGAAUCCAAAAUCAUAUUUUUGAUAGAGUAGGCAUUAUGCUUCACGGGAAGCACAGUUUCUGCACUAAAUUCGCAUGUAUCAUCAAGGUAAGAUAUUUUUUUCAUCCUUUGUUUUUGUUAGAAUAUUAG